AUGGCCAAAGAAGAACUGCAUCCCUACCAGCAGCAAGCCCUGGAUCUGUUCUGCACGGCGUGGACUAGUAAAGUGCUGGGGAAUCAGCGAGACUUCAGCAGUGCUGCCGAAACCUUGGCGCAACACACUGCAGAAGCCAAAGAUCCCUCCUCAGGCGUCUAUAUAUGGAGCACCAUCCUCGCCAUUCACGAGUACGCCAGCACCUGUCCCGAAGCCCUCGACCUCACGCUACACGUCUACGCCUCAGCUUGCAACCAAUUUCCCGACACGAUCUCCAACGAAUAUGGGCAUGGACCCACUGCAGGGUUGCAGCAACUAAAAUGGUGGCUGGUUGAGGAAGCAGAUGGCUUUCAGGGAGUUUUGAUGCCACCACAGUGUAUCGGCAGUCUUGAUACCGCAGACCGAUCGAACAUUUUAUUCAAAAGCAGCGAUGUGGACAAAGACGUGGACGGGAUACUUUCAGAAAUUGAAGAAUGGAGGAAAGAGCGGACAUCUUGGAUUGCUGCUGCAGCGAUGCAAUCCCGAUGCUUCUCGCUUGACAUAAUGCGUGUGAACGACGGUCGCCAGAUCGAGGCACUGAUAGACUCUGGACUUAACCGUGGGCGCGGUAGAUGGGGUAAGGCUGAUUUCAUCGGCGCUUGCAUCAUGAUUCGAGGAUGUGGAAAGUCCCUAUUUGAACACCCGGGCAAUGGGGUGGCAUAUGAUAAACUUAAAAGCUGGAAAAGCGCCCUGGAAGCAUUUCUCCGGCAUGACGAAAAGUCUUCGUCGAGUGUUGAUUUCGUGGUAACAUACCAUGCCUCCCUUGCACUCAGAAAUCUUCGAUCAGGACCGGAAGACGAGUGCAGUAGCGAACUGUUUGCCUCCAACGCUUGGCUGUUAUAG